CACAUCUAUCCAUUGCAUUAUUUUCAUUAAAAUUACAAAUAUUUUCUUCAUUCCAAUGUUCUGUAAUAAGCUGGAAGACAUGAAAGUAUGCCAGGGUUGUUUGUGUACAAAUCGGAGAUUAGCACCGAUAGAUAAGUACUAUGAAAUAUUAAAAAAGAAUUUAGGUCCGGACUUAAAACAAAGUUACAGGAACGAAAAUAGGAACCUGCUCAUAUGUUGGGAAUGUCAGAUGGUAUUAAAAAAAUUUGACGAUUUAUUGCUGAAAGUAAAAAAAGCGCAAUAUUUUUUCAAAAAGAGAACAAAAAUAAACAAAGUAUUAAAAGAAGAUGAGUGUAUAAGUUUGUCAACUUUAAGAGCAACAACCAAACUUGAUUUUGAUUAUUCCUACAUGUAUGAAUUAGACGGGAUAAAAAUAGAAAAAACAGAAACAGUAUCAAAUAAAUUUGAAAGUGAUAUUGAAAUAAUUGUUGAAUGUAAAGCAGAAAUUGAUAAAUUAGAGAAUUACGACGACACUGGUAAUGCUCUGGAGGAUGGCCAACAUUCAAAUAUAGAAAAUGACAAUUUCAAUGAUUGGAUUGAUACUGAAUUAGUAAAUUAUGAUAAUGACAUUGCUAGUAAUAAAAACAUUGCUGAUGAUGUAAAUAGAGAAAAUACUACAAUUAAAGAGGAAAUUAGUGGUACAGACAAAACUGAAGACAAAGAAUUUAUUAAGGUAUUACAAAAUGAGGUAAAUAUAAAAAGGAAAAAAUCUCAUCUUAAAAUACCCGAACCACAGAGAUAUAAAACUGUACGUAUAUCAAAUUAUAAUAUUAAUGAGAGUAGAAUGAGAUUUUAUAAUAGAAUUCCUAUUACUUCUGAUGAAGUUCUGUCUUGGAUGAAUAAAGAAAAAAAUAGUAAAGAUUUCAGCAAAACGAAGUUCUAUUGUGAAACAUGUGUAGCUGGUUUUGACGUGGAAAAACAACUUUUACAGCACAAUGAAGAGUUUCAUUCAGAUAAAAUGCAUUAUGAAUGCGACAUGUGUGGUAUAAAACUGUCGACGAAUUCAGAAAUGGCGACACACUGCAGUGAACAUUACACGAAAUUAAAAUGCGUACUUUGUAACUACACCGCCUACAGAAUGUCGGAGUUUGAUGAUCACAUAAUAAGCGUUCACCGUACCGUUACCAAAUGCUUAAUUUGCAAAGCGAAAUUUCCGAGAAUGUUCGAGUACGUCAAACAUCACAAAUAUUUUCACAAGAAGUAUAUCUGCGAUUACUGCGGAAAGAAAUUCACCAAGAAAAGUUUUAUUGAGAGGCACAUGUAUAGUCGACACUCGGAUUAUAAAUGCAAAAUAUGUGGAAUACAAUUAAAAACAUAUGUAAACCAUAGAGCACAUAUGAGAAGGCAACAUGUGAAGAAUCCGACCGAGGAAACAUUCUGCGUUGAGUGUAACAUACAGUUCGACAAUAUAGAUAAAUAUAAGGACCAUUUCAAAGCAGUUGUUAGACAUCGGCCGCCGGUUAAGAAAAGCUUCCCUUGCCCAGAGUGCGGGAAGACCUACAACAAGAAGAUCACAAUGAAGUACCACUACAAUUAUGAACAUCUGAAGAAGACGCAGUUCUACUGCACCAAGUGUGAUCGGUAUUUCCUGAACGGGUUCGGUCUUCGACAGCAUACAGCUAAUAUACAUGAUAAGAUAACAAAACCGAAGAAUAAAAUCUGUUAUUUAUGUGGUCGGGGAUUUAAUACCAAUCGGAUAUUGAAUAAUCAUAUACGCACACACACAGGCGAGCGCCCAUUUCUGUGCACGCAGUGCCCAGCAGCAUUCGGACAGAAAACGGCACUGGUGGCACACACGCGGGCCAUACACAAGGAAGGACGCCGGAAUUGAUGCUGUUGUCUAUGGUCUAGCGAUUUAACACACCGUCCUAAUUCCGAUGGUCGCGGGUCAGAGUCCUCGUACAAUACAAACAAAAAUUGUAUGUACUCGUCUGGAUCUAACCUAUGUAUGUAAGAGGGUAAAUGGAAUUGUUAGUAAUGUGAAUUGAUGAUCUCAUUGGUAGUAGGUACCAUGUCAGGUUGACCUCCACGCGGUCCCCUCUGGAAACCAUCGUGAUAAAUUCCUAGUGAAUUAACCACGAUGGGCUAACUGACCUGACCUCAUGCUCAUCUUAUCAUCCUCCACUGUUGCCUCACCAGUGUAAACCA